AUGACUGAAAAUAAUAACGCUAAAGGGGAAGUCAAAAUCAUCAAUACUACUGAUAAUGAAAACAACACUGAUAACAUUGAAAUCAAUAAAAACAACAAUGACAGCAAAAUCAAUGAUAAUGAUAAUGAUAAAAUUAAUAACAAUGAAAACGAUAAUAAUAAAGCAGUAGGUACUUUGCCUGAAUUUGAAGAUAAUGAGAAUAUUUUACAGGAAGGUGAACUACGAACUGUUUUCAAUGAUCCAGUAAACUUUAAUGUCAAACAUCCUUUAUAUAAUGCAUGGACAUUAUGGUUUGAUAAUCCGGGGAAAAAAGCUAACACAGUAAGUUGGUCGCAACAUCUGAAGGAAUUAAUAACAUUUGAUUCAGUAGAAGAAUUUUGGGGGUGGAAAAUGGGUAAUCCAAUUUCAUAA